UAGAAUGCAGUUUCUUGUACCUGCUCCUCGAUGGUGUCUGCAAGGCUAACUGUCCUGAGGGAUACUUUGAGGACCUUGACCAGGGGAAGUGCACUCCCUGCCACCCCGCCUGUGCUUCCUGCUCAGGGCCUCUGCCUGACGACUGCGAGAGCUGCUCUCCUGACUCCCCCAAACUGUAUGAAGGCCAGUGCUCUGAGGAAUGUCCUCCAGGAACAUAUUACAAGAUGUCAGCCUAUGAAUGCCAAGAGUGUGACCAGACCUGUGUGAGCUGUACUGGCCCUGAGCCCACAGAUUGCACCAAGUGUAAAAAAGGCCUGACACUGGAUCCAAAAACCAGAAUGUGUGGCAUCACCAGUGACUCCAACUGCCCACCCAAAACAUUUCUUGAUGAAAACCAGGUCUCCUGCAUGGCUUGUCACCACCAGUGUGAAUCCUGUGUAGGGCCUGCUGCAAGCGACUGCCAGACCUGUGCUGUGCCCAAUUACUUGUACAUAUACUUAUGCUGA